UAUGAGCUUAAAAGAAAUAACUAGAGAAGAAAACAAGAUGGAAAUCAUAAAAGAAUCCCCAGAUAUAUCCUUGAUAGGGAAAAAAUACCAAUACAAAGAAGGAAUGAAAAGUAAAGCAGCAACACAAACUCAAGAUGUGGAGAUAGAUAGCGUACAACAGCAAAUACAAGGAUUAGAGAUAACAGCCAAACAGCAAAUGCAAGUU